AUGCUGUCACUAUGCUACAUCUUCUUCUGCUACAUCCACAUUGUCCAUGCACAAAGCAGCAACGAUGUCGUUCCCACUGCCGCCAUCGCGGGCAACUACAGUGGCCACUACCGCCCACAGGUCCACUUCUCGCCACCGGAAGGAUUCAUGAACGAUCCCAACGGCAUGUUUCAAGACGCCAGCGGCAUCUGGCACUACUACUACCAAUACAACCCCACCGACACAAUCGCCGGCAACCAGCACUGGGGUCACGCUACCUCUCCGGACCUGUAUCACUGGACGAACCAACCCAUCGCCCUCUACCCAUACGACAACGUCACCGGCAUCUUCACAGGCAGCGCGUGA